AUGGCGGAAGAUAGUCACGCUCGUGAGGAAGAACCUCUUGAGGAGGAAGAGGUCGAUGAGACUAGCUUUCGAGCAGUCAAAGAUGCGGUCCUCUUUGCCAUCAAUAUCAGCAGCUCAAUGCUAACCCCUCGUGCCUCAUCUAACCCAAAGAAAUCUGGCGAUGAAUCCCCGGCAUCUGCGGCCCUCAAGUGUGCAUACCAUCUGAUGCAGCAGCGCAUCAUAUCGGACCCUGGCGACAUGAUUGGUAUUCUUUUCUAUGGAACACAGUCAUCUAAAUUUUAUGAUGAAGAUGGAGAUGGGACUGGCGACCUCUCAUACCCUCACUGCUAUCUCUUUACCGAUCUCGACGUUCCUUCCGCCCAGGAAGUAAAGGAGCUUCGAUCUCUUGCAGAGGACGAGGAGGAGGCCAAGGAAAUACUAAAACCCUCGAAUGAACCAGUUUCCAUGGCCAAUGUGUUAUUCUGUGCCAAUCAGAUUUUCACCUCCAAAGCUCCAAACUUCCUUUCCCGGCGACUGUUCAUUGUUACCGACGAUGAUAACCCUCAUGCAGAGAACAAAGCGCUUCGAUCGGCAUCGACAGUUCGUGCAAGGGAUCUGUAUGACCUGGGUGUCACAAUUGAACUUUUUCCCAUUUCCCGAGUUGAUCAUCAAUUCGAUACCUCGAAAUUCUAUGAUGAUAUCAUUUACAAAGCAUCUCCCAGUGAUGGCGAGGCCCCGGCCUAUCUUAAGCCAGAUACAAGCUUAUCGACCGUGCAAGGAGACGGAAUCACAUUGCUCAACUCUCUCCUUUCAAGUAUCAACUCUCGAUCCGUGCCCAAGCGGUCGAUUUUCUCUAAUAUCCCUUUGGAGAUUGGACCUAAUCUCAAGAUUUCCGUCAAUGGGUAUCUAUUGCUGAGAAAGCAGCAGCCGGCACGGAGCUGCUAUGUCUGGUUGGGUGGAGAGAAACCCCAGAUUGCCAAGGGUGUUACUACACUCCUAGCAGAUGAUACAGCGCACACAGUUGAGAAGUCGGAAAUCCGGAAAGCAUACAAAUUUGGUGGUGAACAAGUUUCCUUCUCAUCCGAGGAACAGUUAGCAUUGAGGGACUUUGGGGAGCCGGUGAUUCGAAUAAUUGGCUUCAAGCCACUGGACACCCUGCCAAUCUGGGCCAAUACUAAGCAUCCUACAUUCAUCUACCCUUCAGAAGAAGAUUACAUUGGAUCAACGCGCGUUUUCUCUGCCCUGCAGCAGAAACUUCUCAAGGACCGCAAACUUGCAUUGGUCUGGUUCAUUCCCCGGAAGAAAGCCUCGCCAGUGCUGGGUGCCAUGAUCGCUGGUGCUGAGAAGAUCGAUGAGAAUGGCGUACAGAAAAUACCACCAGGGAUGUGGAUCAUUCCACUACCCUUCGCUGAUGAUGUGCGAAAAAAUCCGGAGUGCGGCUUUAUGCCGGCCCCAGAACCCCUAAUUGAUGCAAUGAAGCAGGUGGUGGGACAACUGCAGCUUCCGAAGGGUGUAUAUGACCCUCAAAAAUACCCUAAUCCUUCACUUCAAUGGCAUUAUCGUAUCCUGCAAGCCCUCGCUCUUGACGAGGAUCAUCCGGGAACUCCUGAGGAUAAAUCCCUCCCCAAGUACCGACAAAUCGACAAGCGUGCCGGUGAAUACGUUUUACAAUGGGCCGAGGAGCUCGAUGCUCAAAACGAGAAGAUUUUUGGUGGGACUGCUGCCACAAAGACCCUAGUCAAGAGAGGCCCGAAACACGAGGGCGAAUAUCCAGGUGGCCCACCCCCGAAAAAGACGAAGGUUGAGGUCGGGGCUUCUGAUGCCGAUGCUGCGAUCAAGAUGAACAUGGAGAAGGGAACCUUGUCCAAGCUCACGGUGGCCACCUUGAAAGAAUUUCUUAAUGCUCAUGGUCGUUCCGCGGCUGGAAAAAAGGCCGACCUUGUGGAACGGGUAGAGCAUGAUGUUGUUCGUCGUCAUGAAAAAAGCCACCAUGAACAGGCCGAGAAACAGGCCGAGCAGGAGGUCGAGCAGUAUCUUGAGGGAUCCUCAACCAAUCUCAUAGAUGGCUCAGCCCUGCUUACGCCAGCCUCGGCGGCUGAAUCGCUGAGACGGUCUUCAGGGAUUACUAUGCCAGAAAGCCUGUCUCCGCAAUAUGCCAGCACAAACAUUGCGAGUUUUGUGUCACCAAACACAAGCUACCCAUCUGGGAUGGAUUCAUCUACGCAUAAUGAUGCAACGCUUGGAACAAGCUCCAACUCGGGGUCUGGAGCAUGGUUUCUAGAGGACGAUUUCGAUGUCAGCGCUCUAGAUUUUUCACUCACCUCCACCAUAUCCGAAUGGGCACAGUUCCCAAAUGUCUUUUCGGUUCCUCUCCUGCCGGCCGAGCCACAGGAAAUGCUCACGCCAAUACAAAGUUCCGUGACUGACUUCGAGUCAGCGAAUCCAGCAGAUACUGUGAAACGUGAAUGGUUCUCCCAUAUGGAGCACCGGCCAAGUCGAGGAUUCGAAAUGACGGACUUGAGCUAUCCGGAACAUACCAAGGCGAACGAGUCGUACCGAGUCGGUCUAUCUCAGAAGCUUCAGCCACGCAUGAAGGAUGAAGCACUUCCAAGUUCGGAGCAGCUCAAUCUUUUUGCAAAGCUCUACUUCCACCGAUUUCAUCCGCUGCUUCCUGUUAUUCAUACCCCUUCCUUCCGACCAACUGCAGAGAAUUCCCUCUUAUUCUUGUCGCUAUGUUCCAUUGGCAGCCUCUUUGUGGGAUCAUCGCGUGCCGUCAUGCAGGGAUCAAGAAUAUUUGAACGACUGAACAAGGCAAUCCUGGCAUCGUGGGAAUCCUUCCUAUCGCAGAGCCGACCAGAUGCAUUGUCUAUGGUUCAAGCUGCUAUUCUUGGUCAAACUUACGCUCUUCUGGCCGGUGAGCCAAAGUGCCUUGUUCUAGCAGAUGUUCUCCACGGCACAGUCGCAGCCUGGGCGCGUGAAGCAAACAGACUUGGAUCAAUUUGUACCCGAGCCCCCGAUUUAUCUGAUGACAGUAAUCUAAAGACGAGCUGGCAUCGGUGGAUCGAUCAGGAGCAACGGGCCCGAGUCCAAGUAGCGCUCCAUAUCCACGACGCUGAACUUGCAACUCUACUACACCACCAACCAAUCCGCAGUCAUCGAUUCCGCCAAUUCCCCAAACUCGCAUCUGACGCCUUAUUCUCAGCCUCCACAGCUCCAAAAUGGGCUACAUUAUACCGCCAAUCCUUUGAAUCUCAAGAUACCGCAAUACACACUCAACUCCCUCGCUCCAUGGAUCUACUCCCAAUCACCGGCGUCCCAUCCCGUUUCGCAGCAUACGGUCUCCUGGAGAGUAUAAACGCCCGCCUAAUCGACUCCAAACAAUCUGAUAGCUUCGAUCACCACAUCUGCGCGGAGAUAUCAAGCCUCUUAAUCGCUUGGUGGAAAGCUUACUACUACACACCACCUCAGACCCACGAAGGAGAUCCAUUCUGUCUCCCCGUCCUCUGGCACUCGAUCUACAUAUCCCUAUACGCAGACCUUGAUCUCCUCGAACAAUCAAUAGGUCGAGAUGGCCACCACGCUACCGUUCGAGCUACAGCUCCCGUCCAAGAAUGGUCUACAUCCCUAAACGCCAGUCGCUGUCUCAUUCAUGCGUCAUUAAUCGCGCAGUAUAUAGAAAAAAUGAGUAUGUCCUCUGAGCCGGCGAUUCAUGUCCCGCGUGCGCUUUUUUCUGCCGCGCUCACGUAUCUUGUUGUUGCGCAAUCUGCGCCGAAACAUGUUAUUCGUGCUGAGGCGUUUUCGUCACCGGAGUUCAAGAUUUCGAGCGAUGAUGGUACGUCUAUGGAGGCUUGUUUUCCAGAUCACAUGAGGAGUGGGUCUGUGGUUGCGGAUAUGGAUCAUUUGUAUCGAUUGGUGGAUUUGUUGCGGCGUGGUGGACGUUGGGGAAUUUCGCAGGCUUUUGCAGGGGUCAUUUCUGCGGCUUUGGAGAGCAUUGGAUCUUAA